AUGGUAGGAAAUAUUUUAGACAAUUAUAGAAUUUUACGCAAUACAACAAUUUCUGGAUUAAAAAAGGAAUAUUUGAAAUAUUUUGGUAAAAAUAACUGGGUCUAUUAUGAAGCUAUAAAGCAAGUUAUGCAAGAUCGAAGUUCUUAUGAAAAGCGAAAAAAAAAGAAGCAAAAGGUUCAGAAGGAAAUACAAAAUGAUAAUAUUGAAAAUCAAAAUAAUUCAGACAUUGAAAAUCCAAAUAAUUCAGAUAUUGAAAAUCAAAAUAAUUUGGAUAUUGAAAAUCAAAAUAAUUUAAAUAUUGAAAAAAUUACAAGUGAAUUCGAAAAUGUGAAUGUAAUUAAGACAAAUGCAGAAAAUAUUACUAGUAAACAACGACCAAAAAGAAAAAGAAAUCAACCAAUAUCUUAUUGA